AUGAACAGUACGAAUCCUACUAAUGACGGCGCCGAAGGGACUACGGUAGCGGUUAGCGACACUUCAGAAGGGCCUACAGACGAUGGCGACACGCUGGAGACGUCCACUUCUGAACCGGUUACGACAGACAACUCUACCGUAAUCACCACGACGGAAUCCUCAGACUACGAUUAUAUUGCCGUCACCGACAAAUAUGGAAACGUGACGUAUGAAAAGUACAGAAAAAAGCAGUCGUCUACCGUACACCCUGGGAGUCAGAGUACGGUGGCUACAGAAGAAAGCGGCUCAACCACCGAUGCGUAUACUGACUACGAUUACGUGGCCGUCACCGACGAGUACGGGAAUACUACUUACGAAUGGAUACCAAAGACUACCGGGACGACUACAGUACCUAACAAUCGAUCAUCGACUACUGUAACCACCACAUGCACGACGGCGGCGAUCAAUACGCAGAAUGCAUUUGCUUUGGGAGACAAGGAUGUGGCGGCUGGCUCGAACACAACCCUAAUCUGCUUGGACGGCUACACCUUCCCAGCUGGCGGCACCUCGAAGACGUUCACAUGCUCGUCUACGGGCUCAUGGAGUGGAUACGAUGCUUCUCAACUUUGUCAAAAUUCCAUCAAUCAAAACUCGACGACCAGAUGCUCGGACCCAUCGGCUGAUAUCGACAUGGCAAACACGCUGCUCCCGAAAACACGCAUUAAUGGCACCCAACCGGUUGGCACCAUGAUCGUGCAUAGUUGCAAGCAGCAGUACGUCUUUGGGUCGAUCGGUCAACCGUUGCAGAUCUACCAAUGCCUCUCAACCGGUGUUUGGACCAACAAUUUACAAGGAGAAGCCUGUGUCGCGUCCGGAAGAGCUUCAGCUGAACUA